CCCCGCCCGCGUCCAGCCAGGCACUCAGUGAGCUGCAACUCCGCCGGGAAAUCCGUCUUCCCAUUCGGCUGCGGGCUGGAGAAACUGAGGUGAUGGAAGAUCCCGGGAAUCGAGCGGAAUUAUCCCCGUCUCGCUUCCCUGGCCGCUUUGCACUCCUUGCACAGACCGUGCACAGCUGGUAGAGACCGCACAAAUGAACUUCCAAUUGCAGGGACGAGGCGUCAAAGAAUAACUAGGUGUGAAGUCCUGAUGAGGGAUCUCCAUCCGAAACGUCGACUCUUUAUUCCUCUCCAUAGAUGCUGCCUGAUCUGCUGAGUUCCUCCAGCAUUUUAUGUGUGUUACUCUGGGUGCGAAGACAGCUUUCGAUUAAUUGCGCGCAGUCCCCAAUCCUGAGGCUGCGAGGAUGCACCUUGCCUUCUACCCACCCACGUUCUGCCUGAUGCUGUGCACGCUAGCCCUGCGUGGGGCAGACGCCGGCCCGGAGAAUCUCUGUGGGGCAGAGCUAGUGGACACACUGCAGUUUGUCUGUGGUGACCGAGGCUUCUAUUUCAACAAACCCACAGGCUACAGAUCGAGCAUGCGAAGGUCACACCGAGGGAUUGUGGAUGAGUGCUGCUUCCAAAGCUGUGAUCUCAAGUUGUUGGAGAUGUACUGUGCAAAGCCCCAGCGUUUGGACAGUUCUGCUCGCAUCCAGCGUCACACCGAGAAAGGACAAGUGGAGACCCUCUGGAAGAAUCCCAGCCGAGCUAAUGCCAGUAUUGUCAACAGGAAUUAUCGGAUUUGACAUUGGAAGACGUGUGCUGGGUGGACUACGUUUGGUGGUCUUUGUGUAAACUUUGCUAAUGAUGGAGGCACUCUCUGGUCACAAGUUAUUGAAGGAUUCUGAUCAAUACACAAACUCUCUCUGUAGAAUGUGUGUCAUACUCCAUGUAAUCGCCGUUCAUGGAAGGCGGCCACUUCCGUCGUUGUGGGGUGAAGUGUACGAAUGGACAAGUAAUGAGUUUUGUUUCUACAAGUGCGCCUUUCCAAGCACAUUCAUUGUCCACAGAGCCACCACCUCCACAUACCUAAGGCAACAAAGAUGUAGAACUCAUUUGAAUUUGUGCCUUAUUAUUGUUCUCUUGAAUAUUAUCUGUGAAUUGGACUAGAUUGAGCCAUGGACAAUGCUUGGUAUUACAAGUCAGCUUCUAUGUAACAAACAAUCUGUUGAGAGAGACUUAUGGAUCAAGCAGAAUCUGUGGAAGGAAAAAGAUUGUCAAAACCUUGCGUCAGGAUUGGGAAUGGAGUGGGAAGAUAGCCAAUACUGAGCUAAGAGGGGCAGAAGUUGGACGUUAUAAUGCCUUUCCUAUCACGGAAGCUGCUCAACCUGCUGAGUUCCUCCAGCAGAUUGUUUGUUGCUCCAGAUGUCAACAUCUGGAUUCUCUGUUGUCACAAGUUUUAUCCAAGUUUGAAAAGCAUUCAAGUUGGGAAUGCUCUUAAGAGAUUAAUACUUUUGAUCUCUGCACUGGAAGGGCAGAGUGAUGGAUGAAGUGAGAUGAAAUGAAUGGGACCAUGGAAUAAGGAUCAAGUUUGGGGUGCUGCUAACAAGCAGAUGUGACACAUAUGUGUGACAAUAUGGUAACUGGGCUGCUCACCAGAAAAAUGCCGGUCAGGUUUCAAGUACUUUCAAUAUUUGUACUCUUAAGUGGACUGUUGACACAGGUUGAUGAGUAUUGCUGAUAACCUGAAAAAAAUGUGAGAUUAACUGAUCUUUGCUCCUUCAUUGGUAAAAUUCCCUAACUUGAAAUUUGUAUCCAAAGGGCAACUUUCUAAAUGUGUUCUGCAGCCUCAAUCUCUGACAUUGAUUCACUCUCCUGGUGAGACUCCAGGUAGAGAAUAGACCAUAGCUCCCAAAACAUGAAGAUGACAAUUCAAAUUAAUCCAUCUUUCUCUUUUCCAUGGUGUGAACAUUGGAUAGCUCGAAGCGAGCUCAUUAAACUUCAAUACGACAUGACUCAACUUUGCAUUCAUUGUCCUGUCCAACCAAAUGGACCAUCAGGAUUUUGAGCUGCACUAGGUUUUUGAUUCCCGAUAAGGGAGUACAUUGGGGCCCAGGGCUGGUGAGAUUGGACUUUCACAAAAAGGAGAUGGUGAAUCUGCAUUCCCAUGUUUUACACUACUCUCAAUUUUAUUCUAUUUCUCUGUAAACUAGUGCUCAAUGCAAGCUGAAUUCCAAUAUCUUGUCAGCUUUAUAAUCUUGUGCUAGCCUCUGAACUCAUCCCACUGCAGGCUUAGUGGGGCUGACACAAUGUGGAAUCUGUGGAAGAUACCAAUUUUAUACAUGAGGUGGUUACCACCUACCAGGGAACAAAUUUUAGCAUCAGAAUCAUGUUUAUUACCAGUUUUGUACGAUAAAUGUGUUACUUCAUGGUAGCAGUGCAAUACAUCAAAUUACUAUAAGAAAUAUACUGUAUAUCUAUAAAAGAAGUCGUGGAGAAACAGAGCUGAAGGUGACAUAAUACACCUGGCUUCAUGGUCUGAAAUCAGAUGGUGGAGGGGAAGAAGCUGUUUCUAAAAUUUUGAGUGUGUCUUUAAACUCCUGCCUGUCAGUAGCAAUGAGCCGAGGGCAUGUCCUGGGUGAUGGAGGUCCUUAUUGGUGGAUGCCACCUUUUUGAGGCAUCGCCUUUUGAAGAUGUCCUCAAUGGUCUGGAGGCUAUUGCCUAUGAUGGAGCAGACUGAAUCUACAAUCCUCCACAUCUUUUUUCCGAUCCUUUGCAUCGGAUCCUCCGUAACGGAUGGUGAUGCAACCGGUCAGAUUGCUCUCCGGUAUGUCUGUAGAAAUUUACUAGAGUCUUUCAUGACCUACCAAAUCCCCUCAAUAUUCUCAAACAUUUGCACUAUAUUCACUCUCUGCUCUUCCUACAGUGCUGGAGAACCUUUUAAAGAGAUGUUCUUUACAUUAUGUAGCAGAUGUCAAAGUCCAAACUGGUGUGCAAACAGGGUGACGACAGUAACCUGUAACCCUGCUGUAAAUAGUUUGUGAUGGGGCUGAUAUAAGAACCUGCUUGUUUUAGAGGUCGACAUUUUGUGUAUGGGAGGGAACAUAGUUUAUUUGCAAUGUGAUGUUCAAUCUGUUCAAUACAAAGGUGCUAUUAUGUUGUUUGUUUGUGAAUUUGACCUUAAGAGCAAUAUGUUUCAUGUAACAGAAUGCUGAAACUUCAUUUCAGAUGUUGACAAAUAGUAGAUGUGACCAACUUUGGUUAGAAUU